AUGUCCAUUCAGAUUUCUAUUCGAUAUAAAGGUGAUUCUCAAGUUGGUGAUGAUCAAGGCAUUAGUGAAGAGAGCGUUGUUUUUGACUGUGGCCAUGAUAUGCAGAACUUCACGGAAACUAAAGGUCAUCUGUCACUUUCUCUAGAUGAGAAACCCUUGAAUGAAAAUAGGAGAGGAGAAGAUUGGUUUGAACUUUUGUUUUAUGAUUUUCCCGAAUGUUAUGAUGAUAAGCAAGGAGCUGGUAAUGAACUAUCUGCCCAGAAUCAGUCAAAUUCAUCCGGAUUCACUUCUGUAUCCGAAAAGGAAGAAGAAAAGAAGGACAUAGUAACCAGAGAUAUAAGUAUGAGAGAAAGCAAUGUUGCGGAUGAGAAUGAAGAUUUAUUUUGGUGUUUACGAGACACAGGGAAUCAAGUCAUCAUGGAGAGCACCAAUACUAACCAGGAGAUUAGAAGGGCGUCUUUUCUUUAUAAUGAGCUCUCUACAAAAGGAAAAGAAUCUAAUCUAUUUGAAAAUCCACUUUACACAAACAGGGACGCUAAUGAAGGCUUUGAACACCAUAUUGAUUUCAAACACCAAAAAUUUUCUGCACGAUCUCAUGUUUCAAAACGAAGACACUCUUCAUCUCUUCAUCACGUUGAUGAUUACGAAGCAUUGGCAAUCUUUCAUGAGAUGCCAAGGCCUCUUGAGGGUCUGUUUCAUGAUCUUGAAGAGUCUACUCUGCAGGACUGGAGUCUGCAAUCCGGGUACAACACGCAUUCUACUCAAGAAAAGUCAGAUACCUGGUAUGAACCUGAAAAACAGAAUGAAAGUGAUCCACUCGAAGUGAGUCACCUUCGGCGAUGUAAUAAUGUACAGUUGAUCUCCAAAGAGACGCAAAUCCCUCUGAAGAUCCCUGACAAAGCAGAACACAUUGCUGACGAGGCUACGGCGGUGGUUAUAAAUGAGGAAAGAUAUAGAACAGCUCAGGACACCAUGGGGAGACCAGCAGCGGCUUCUACUGUACCUAGCAGCAACACCGUCGUGCCGACGUCGCCUCGCAUGGCUAACCGCCGGAGUUAUCUUUCACAGCAGGAUAAACUGUACCUUGCGCCGCAACCCCUGGCAGAGCUGCGGCCAGAUGAGGGGUAUAGCCCGGCACAGCCGCACAUGUGUGUUCUCGUAGUAUUCGCAGCAAAUGAUUUGCGUGUACACGACAACUAUAACCUUGCUUUAGCUUCUAUCUAUGCACACAAAGCGGGUGGGCUUCCUGUUGUAGCGCUCUGUGUACUAGACUAUCGCACCUUUGCGCAGCCCAGUCUUGUGGGUGGCUUUUUCCGCCAGAGCCCACAGCGGGCACAGUUUCUUAUUAGCACAAUCGCCGCGUUGCGCACCAGACUUGAGGACAGCGAUCUACAUGUGCCACUCUUGAUUCGUUGCGGUCGUCCAGAGGAGCAUGUCCCAAGGCUGGUGGUAGAGCUUGGGGCGGUCGAUGUAUUUCUAACAACACAGUAUGCACCACAUGAGCGCCGUGUCCACGAUUAUAUCCUGCAACGAAUUAAAAAGCGGUGCUGGGUGAGUCGAAGGGUUGUUGAAAACAACGACUUUGGGUUUGUUGGUAUGACCAAAAUUAAUGAUAGGGGAGAAGGGGAAGAACUUGUGGAAGUUGUGGAGCAUAUUGAAAGGCAUCCCUACCUAAACACACAAUCUAGAACUGAACCUUUUUCAUUAAACAGGCACGUGGCAGUGCACAGUGUGUGGCAGUCGACGCUCGUCCACUUAGACGACCUCCAGACACCAGUGGCUGCCAUGAAGGAAGGGGAGCGUUGGUACCAUGAUGACGUCACAACGGCUGUUAUUCGACCGACAGGACCCUACGAGUGGCAUAUUGCUCAGUUAAAAGACCUGCCAGUUAUUGCAAGGCUUCUGCCCGGAGAACGAGAACGUCUUGGGUUGGAUCCACCUUCUUUAUUACGGGGCCGCCUUCCAACACUAGAGGAAUUGGGCUAUGACAACGUACCACAUCUGUUUCACUUUGAGGAGGUUAUUGCAACGCAGUCAUCUCAUCCCACAGCCGGCGAGGAGGCUGCUAUAGAACGGGUGCAGGACUGGCUUGACCAGGGGGGCAUGACGUCGAUGCUACGUUUUGCUCACGUGAAGCGCACGAACACAAAGAUGUACUCCCCAAAGCUCUCGCGUGUGUCACCGUACAUUGCCACGGGUGCUCUUUCACCACGAAAAUUCUAUGAGAUGCUGCGCACUCACACACACGCCAAUCUUCGCGAUGGAUUUGUUCAGAUGCAGUACCGCGAAGCGUUGCUGCGGCUAUCUCGGCGGGAUUACUGGCAUUGGAUGGGAAUCCGCUACGGUGAUCGGCUUUUUUUUCCGUACGGCCCGCACCCUGAAGAGACGGAUGACAUCUCAGACUGGAGGCAUGACGGUGCGAUAGUGCAGAAGUGGUGUAUGGGUCUUACAGGGAUCCCAUUCACUGACGCGGCAAUGCGAGAGCUGCUAGGAACCGGGUUUGUGGCGCACGAGGGACGUCAGGCUCUUGUUUGGCUUCUCACACGUGGGUACGGACAGGACUGGCGGCUCGCGGCCGAAUGGCUUGAACGCUGCUCUUUGGAUUUUGAUCCAUUUGUUUGCUACGGAAAUUGCGCAUACUUCAGCGAACUCAUCCAUGAUGACUUCGGGGAGACCGUGCGUAAUGUUCACUUUUUAAUGCAUCAUCAUGAUCAAACUGGAAUUUACAUUAAGAAGUGGCUUCCUCAGCUUUCGAAAAUACCACCUGUGUACAUACAUCGACCGCACAUUCUUACACCUCGUAUGCAGUCGAUGUACGGUGUGUAUAUAGGCAGAAACUAUCCUUAUCCACUAAAGCUAUGGCAAGGGGCACAUCGAGCACUUACAAGCGCUGAUUUGAGGGCUUACUUUCCAGAUUUACAAAAUUUAAGAGGUCCUGGGUACGCUGAGGCGGCUCGACACGGCACGGCCUUGAUGCAGCCAGAAGAAUGGAACCAUAUCUUCGAUAUUACUUUCAUCAGAGAUCAACCCUGGAUACGCGGUAGCCUCUUAGCCUCGGCAUUUGACGAUGUAGAAGAUGAGGAAAGCAUAGGUGUGGAUGCCUACUAUGCUAGGACUAAACCUACUGGCAUGGAUAAAGUUUUUUUCACAUCAGAAAGUUCUUGA